UAAAACACCGAUCACACAGGGACAAAGGAGCCGUCAUAUUGAUGAAUUCACCAAUAGUACCCGGAUCUAACAAUGCCGCCAUAUCAGCCAUGGCUGCAGCUACGACCCAGCUAAAGCAUGACGGGAUAUACUAUUAUAGUGCAGACCUUAAUAAAGCUACCGAUCAAUCCAAUGUCGCCCCAGAUAGUCUUAAAAGCACGAAGGAUGAAGAUACAUAUUAUUAUGGCGGUCUACAAGGUGCGCCUCCUCCUUCUAAUGCAGAAAAAAAUCCUCCGAAAACUUCGGAAAAUGAUACUUACUACGAUGAUGGCGAAGUUGGAGCAGCUGUUACUAUAGACGCAGCUAGGUCAGACAUAAGACCAUCGCCGUCAAAAACUGGUGCCUAUCAGAACGUUUCGUCAUUGGCAGCAAAGAGUACUUUUAACACACCUGCCCCGAAGACCAGUCACCCGCCCUUGCCUGUCCCCCCGGUGCCUCCUGUACCGAUGCCACCUCGAGCGGUCCUUCCAAAAGCUACGCCCGUUCAAAACAUUCCUAAAUCCACUGCGAAAGGUCAAAGAAAAGACGAAGCCGAGACGUCGUUCGGGUCGAUGCCGACCUACGGCAACACUGGGAGACACUUGCCAUCGCAAAACCCCGAUACUAAUUACGAAUCCCUAGAUAAUGAUACCAGAGACACCUCCGGUGUGUACGCGGAAUUAACUUAAGAGGAAUUAUAUCAACAGGGACCAAUAAAUAGGCAUUGGCGAAAAUGUUGGUGUGCGAGGCCAGCUUAAUGUAGUAUCGAUUGAUGCACACUUUUCUUAAUCCCCUAUUAUUACAUUUUCAAUGUACACAAUAGAAAUUCUUCAUUGUUUUAGUUUGUUCCUUGCGUGUAACGACAUGUA